AUUUGUCUUUAAAUUUACCAAAUGGCAAAUAUGUAGAGAUUUUUCUUUUUCAUUCACUGUUACACUGUAUCUUUCCUGACCUACAAAGUAAGGAGCAGCACAGAUGGAGGCUACCGUUAAGCUCUGUGCCCAAAUUAUUACUUUGACAAUUUGGAUUGGAAUAGGUGUUGCUAUGAUAGUUAUGGGAGCCCUAUAUAAAAAUGACUGUCCGAUCCAACCCUACAUACCUAUAUUUCUUCUGGUCUCUGGUGCCACACAUCUCGUGACUUUCUUCAUAAUGUUCCUCAGACUUGUGUGCCAAACAAUCAUUAUGAUCUUUGAAAGUUUUGUAGGAAUAUUCAGUUUCGUCUGGUUUAUUGUCGGUAGCGUGUGGGUUUUUAGGGUGUACAAUGACUAUGUCGGCCAAUGUAAUCCUGACCUAUACUUAUUUGCCUUUGGAAUACUCCUAUUCGAAUACGUGGUUAUUGGACUGGCGAUGGUUGGUAGCUGUUGCUGCGCUAUAACAAGAAAUGUAGUUUAUGAAACAUUGGAAUGAAAUGUACAAAAAGGAUCCAGAACUUCUUGAUAUCAGCAAUAUUAUGUAUUGGUGCUGAAUGCUCCGUUACCUGAUUUUACUGAGUAAUAACGUAUAUUAGUGACGAUAAAAUAAUGCUAAAAGACAAUUAUUACUGCUGCUGUUUCUCUUGUACCUAAUAAUGUCUGUUUGUUGAAUUCUAAUAUGUGAAUAAAAAAUAUAAAAUGAAUAAUA